AUGAAUGAAAAAAAUCACAAGCAGGCAUCCCAGGUGCAGUCAGAAACGCUGUCGCUGAUAAAGAAGCAAUUUUUUAAAACGAAAAUGUGCCCCUUCCAAAAAAAUAAAAACUAUUGUCUAAAUGAGUCCAAUUGUCAUUACGCCCAUAGCAUUGACGAAUUGAAGCCGAUGCCUGACUUAAGGAAUACGAAGCUGUGUGAUUAUGUGAAAAAAAAAAUUCCUUGUAGAGACGCAAAUUGUAAAUUCGCCCACGACAUUGAUACACUCAAACCUAGUGUGCACUUGGCGACGUACAAAUCAACUAUCUGUAGUUUUUGGGGUAAGGGAAAAUGUUUCAAUGGAAAUAAAUGCAGAUUUGCACACGGAACGGAAGACAUAAAAACGAAUGAACAGGUGGACAUGUUGCAGGGUUCAAAAUGUACCAAGAAAAAUAAAAAUAAAAUGAAAAGCAAUACCACUGAUCUGAAACAAGGAACUGCUUCUACGUACUCAUUUGAUACGUGUGAUUAUUCUGUUAAUGGGUCCUCGGAAAAUACAAACGUGUCUUCCUCAUACGAUAAGGAUGGGGAUGCAUUUAUCUGCAGAAGAAAUGUAAUAAAAAAUGAAAAAAUGAAAAUUAAAAACAAAAAGAGUACACCCCAAUUGGACAAUGAAAUAACCACAAGAGACACAAAUGACACCUUCGAUAAGGAUACGACGGAUGGUGAUUUCCACCUGCCAGAUAGCAGCAACGGAAAUUCUAUUAAAGACGUCCUCAGCAAAAUUGAGAAUCUAGCCUUGUCUACCUUUAUGGAGAAUAAUGACAAGUACACGAAGGUUAUCAAGUACCUCUUGAACGAAAAUAACCUCCUGAAGGAAUCCAUUAAGAAGGACCAGAGUGGCACCCUGGUGGAGAGGGACUGUCCGGGCGGCUCGAAGCAAGGCGACACGAAGCAGCGCGGCGCCAACGAGGGACGCAUGGAUACAGGGUGUAUAGACGAACGGGGCGCAGAGAAACCAUAUGCAGGUGAACGCUUCCCCACUCAUCGUUUCACCACUCAGGGGCUCUUCACCCAACGCUUCUCCAGCCUCAGCAGCAACGACACCCAUUUUGGCUACCCCUCCACUGUCGCAGUAGCAGCUGCAGCCAUCAAUCGCAACCUCAACGGUGAUGACGACCUGACCAAAUACGUCCUUCCAGAAGACGGCACAGAAAAUUAUCUAUGCAUAAAUGAACACAGAAACACGAAGCAUGCCAUGUCCAAUUUUGAAGACGGGAUCAAACCAGACGACAAUCUUAACAGCAUAAUAAAAACCAUAGAUGAUAUUCUCAUUUCGCAAAAUGUAGGAUCAUUUUCCAUCGUGAAAGAUGUGAACAGUCCCCAUGAAAUCAGAGAUGCCUUUUCUGUUAAUAACAAUGCAGAGCUAUCUAACAGGCAGUACGCAAACGUGAUGAACAACGCGAAGCCAUUCGAAGCGGAGAGAAGUGUAUACAAUCACAAUGUUAACUUGAGUAACGUGGUACAUAAUGGAAAAUAUAUGACAAACGCAGAAGUAAAUGAAGAGGUGCCAAAUCAACAGUUUGAGGAAGGCAUAAUAAAUUAUCUCUCGCAAGGAAGGAAGAAAAGGCACUGCUAUGAGGAGAAGUUUGGAGGUGCGCAUCAAUCAGCCAGUUCGUAUGGCGUCUCCAUCGGAGGAAGCAUCCACAAUAACGGCAUGCAUAACGUGAACAACAGCACUAAUAAGAUGGGCUUCACGAACCAGAUGCUCGAUUUAGACCAACGUGCUGCUUCCAACAUUUUCAACCCGUUUGUUUUUCACCAUAAUGAAUACAAAAGUCAGGAGGUAGGCACAUACCAGCAGCAGAGGAUGCCACAAAUGCAGCAUAUCAGCCAAGACGGGUUUGACAAAACUGAGGAGAUAGACACGUGGAAAGAUGGUAAUGUUCUGUUCAGGAAUGACCACAUGGCUAGCUUCGUUGGGAUUAGCGAGAAGGACCGAGGGUUCAGCGGCGUCAACUAUAUGAGGGGACUUGGAGGUGAUGACGCGGCGAAUGGUUAUGCUUCCAGCGGGUAUAUCUCUAGCGGUUAUGGUGCUAAUCCAUUUGCAACCAACGCAUUCGCGUCGAGCGACCGCUUCGGCCAAAGAGGCUAUGGAAGGAGCGAGAUCUUCCUCCGCUCAAGUCAUGGCAAAAAUUUGAACAGCGCAAAGGAGACCACUCCAAACGUGACAGCACCGAACGUGACAACGCCACACCAGAUACAGAAAAAACCAGCGAGUAGCAUCACCAUAGGGAAGGAAAAAAAUGCGAAGCUGAAUUUGCGAGAAGGCGCUGAACUAAACGACAGCGGUGUGAACGUAGACAGAAAUUUCCCAUUCAGCAAUGACAAGUCAGAGUUCCUCAAAAAAAUAAAAUGCUUCAUAUCGAAGGAGUUACAAUAUAGCGAAACGAAAAAUACAAACUCGGGCAUAAAAAAUGUGAACCACAUGAAUUGGUGUAGUGAAAAUAAUUAUCCUUUUAAAAAAAACACCCAGUUGAGUGACUCCUUAUCAUCAGCACCGAAUUAUAACACGUGCGUUCCGGAUAUACACAAUCUCACUUUUCUAUAUAACAAUAAUAUAGAGGGCAAUAACAACAGAUGGUUUGAUGAGGUGAACAGUGAGAACAGUGUUGGUGUGAGGAAUGGAGAGGUGACGGAUGAGAAUGCAUGUGUGCGAUUAAAUAUGGACUUUUCUACUUAUAAAAAAGAAGGAAAUAAUGAACAGAACAUUUGGAAUGCGAAUGCUAACUUGAACGAAUUUGUCUACCCCAUGAUGUCCCACGGAUGGAUGAACGAGCAGAAGAGCGGAGACUUUUUUGGCGUGUCCAAGUCUGUCAAUUUGAGCAGCCUCAACUAA